UCCCAGCAAGGAGGGAGGCGGGCAGGGCUCCCUCAGUUCUACUCAGGCUCGCUGGGGUUCUCCGGGGCUCCCCAGGGGAAGGUGGCUCUGGGCCCGCGGAGCUCGUGGUACGGGUGCCCCUGGCUGCGCCCUCAACCAAAACCAAUCUGUCUCUGGCACAGGGUCCGCAAAGGCGCGGGACUACAACUCCCAGCAUCCCCCCACGGGGCGGCACAGCAGCGGCGACCACCGCCCGGCUGCCCCCCGGACCCUCUUGCGGAGGAGCCUCAGGCUGAAGGGGUGCGGGGGAGGGUGUCUUUGCGGUGGCCCUGAGCCCCCCCCUCCGUCGCUGGCUCCCUCCCCCCGCAGGCUGGGGGGGGCUGAGGGCGGCUCCCCUUGGCCUCUCCAGCCUGCAAAGGGGAGUUUCCAGGAAGUGGCCAUAUUGGAUUCAUUCAGCCGCAUCGAUCCGGGGAGAAGAGCGGGGCUCCGGCAAGGCAGUUUCCCGGCCAGAGACCCCCCCCCGCUCCCGCCAUGGCGGCCACGGACCUGGAGCGCUUCUGUAAUGAAGAGAAGCGGAAUCUUUCCCUGGGGGGCCACGUUGGAUUUGAUAGUCUCCCAGAUCAGCUUGUCAGCAAAUCUGUCACACAAGGAUUCAGCUUCAACAUCCUCUGUGUGGGUGAAACAGGCAUCGGGAAAUCCACACUAAUGAACACACUUUUCAAUACCACCUUUGAGACAGAGGAGGCCAGUCACUACGAGAAUGCAGUUCGCUUACGACCGCGUACCUAUGACCUGCAGGAGAGCAACGUGCACCUAAAACUGACAAUCGUGGAUGCAGUGGGGUUUGGAGACCAGAUUAAUAAAGAUGAAAGUUACAGGCCAGUAGUUGAUUACAUUGACACGCAGUUUGAAAACUACUUGCAAGAAGAGCUGAAAAUCCGUCGUUCUCUCUUUAAUUAUCAUGACACAAGAAUCCACGUCUGCCUUUACUUCAUCACUCCAACUGGGCACUCGCUCAAAUCCUUAGAUCUGGUAACGAUGAAGAAGCUGGAUAGCAAGGUGAAUAUUAUCCCCAUCAUCGCCAAAGCAGACACCAUUUCCAAGAGCGAGCUGCACAAGUUUAAGAUAAAGAUAAUGAGCGAGCUGGUCAGUAACGGAGUGCAGAUCUAUCAGUUCCCCACCGAUGACGAAGCUGUCGCAGAGAUCAACUCCGUAAUGAAUGCUCAUCUGCCCUUUGCUGUUGUGGGCAGCACGGAGGAGGUGAAAGUUGGAAACAAGCUGGUGAGAGCUCGUCAGUACCCAUGGGGGGUGGUGCAAGUCGAGAAUGAAAGUCACUGUGACUUUGUGAAACUGCGAGAAAUGCUGAUUCGGGUCAACAUGGAAGAUCUUCGGGAACAGACUCACACCCGCCACUAUGAGCUGUACAGACGAUGCAAGCUGGAGGAGAUGGGGUUCAAGGACACAGAUCCUGACAGCCAGCCAUUCAGCCUUCAAGAAACAUAUGAGACCAAAAGAAAAGAGUUCCUUGGUGAACUGCAGAAGAAAGAGGAAGAAAUGAGGCAAAUGUUUGUUAACAAAGUCAAGGAGACUGAAUCAGAACUGAAAGAGAAGGAAAGAGAGCUACACGAAAAGUUUGAGCAUUUAAAGAGGAUACAUCAGGAAGAGAAGAGGAAGGUGGAGGAGAAGAGGAGGGAGCUGGAGGAGGAGAUGAAUGCCUUCAACAGGCGGAAAUUAGCAGUCGAAACCCUGCAGUCUCAGUCCUUGCAAGCUACUUCACAGCAGCCACUGAAGAAGGAUAAAGACAAGAAAAACUUUUUUAGUCUUCCCAGUGCCUGCUCCAUAACAUCAGGAAGACAUGUUAAUUAGAAGAUUUAUUAAGGCCAAAACAUCUCAUGCAGAAGAAAUUAACUGGUGCUUUCACCUUUAUGCUUGCAAUAUAUUGCACAGAAGAGAGUAUAUAGCAAGAACUAAGACAUACUGUAUCUUUUGAUUUGGACAAGUUCUUUUGAACAGGUUUCUUGAUAAAUGAAAUCUAAGAUACUCACUAAAAGAUAAAUUGCUAAUUACGGCUAAUGCAUGACAAGCACUAAAACCAAGAUACUAAUCAUCUCUGGGGUUAAGAACCCAUACAAAGUAGUCAUAAGCAUUUACACUGUUAAAGUUUCCAAGUAGCAGAGGAACCGUCUUGGUGUGUUAGCAUGAAUCAGAUUUUCAGCUUGCUGCUUAAGCUGCCAUUGUACAGUAAUGGGAGUUUGAUUUGUUCCUCUUAAUUUGAUUUUUGGAUUGUAAUUAGAGAAGUUUCUAAUGUCCUUAACAUAUCAGAUGGAUUCUAAUAUUUCUUAGCAAUAACUAUUUUGUAUAGUUUUUUAAAUGUAGAUUAUCAGUGAAAACUUUUAUAGCCAAAAGAAUCCCUUUAUUUGUUCAAUUUUCCCAAUGAUAACACAUGUGCCUCAUGUUUAAAAAUCCUCUCCUAAAACUUCCGUUGUCCCCAAUUUCUGUGCUUGCACCUGAUUCUUCAGUUCCAGGUAAUAUUGGAUUGCAAUUCCAGAAUCCUUCUCUAUCUGCAAAUAAUCUGUUUAUGCGUUGAGUGAUAAUGGAACCAUUUUAAAGGACAACUAAAUGUAAUUAGUUCAUGACGGGGUUAAGUUUUAUGCACUAGGGCCUAAAGCUAGAAAUCUGAAAAAUGUAGAGUUCAUGGUUGUAGGUUAUAUGUUUAUGCCAGAGGGCCACUUCCCCUAAAAGCAAAUACUGGUAAAAGGCUGCACUUUCUCUGCACCAAACCAAAAGUAUAGAAAUAUACAGAAGCCCAUUUUUCAUUUUUGUUUAAAAACUUGCAUAAACUAAUUACAGGAAUAAUCUUCAUUGCACCAAAGGUAGGUUUAAUAAAAAGAUGAAUUGUGAAAUGAAUAUAUACUUUAAAAGUGUACUUUAUAGUAAACCUAAAUAUGUUCAGUGAAAAAAUGAAGCCAUGUGUCCCAAUUCAUAAUUAGCCAUAAAUCUAGUUCGCUUUACCCUGUUUGUCUCCUUUAAAAUAGAUAAGAAUAAAAACCUGAUAGAAACAGAGUGGGGCUACUAGGGAGCUGGUUACAGCUCCCUGAUUUUCUCUCUCUGGGUGCAGGUUUACAGCAACAUUGGUGCUGCUCUAAACUUUCCUAGCUAUACACCAGAUGGAGAUAGCCAGAGCACAUCCUGUUCUGGCCACUUUCCCUGCCCCAACACAUGCCCUGCAGUAGGGCUGUGAGUGGGCAGGGGCAGGAGCUAGCUAUGCUGGCCCAGUGCCUGCUGGGGGCUCCCUUCAUCUGAGGGCAGUCCCUGGCAGGUGUCUCGAGGGAGGUUUCCACUCCCUUUGUAGCGCUUGAAUGGUGCAAAGAGCCAAGUGGAGACAGUGAGCUGGGCCACAGAAUGGAAAGAAACGUAGCUUUCUGUGAUCUCCACAAUAUGCCAGAUCUUGGAGUCUGUCGCGAAGUGCCCAUUGAACAGAAUGGGUCCAGAAUUUGGAUUAAUGAGGAAAUGACUGUGUGCAUCUUGAGACAGGGAUAGUGCAUGUGUGCCGCUUGAGACAGGGAUAGUGCAUGUGUGCUCCAGAGAGGGCUCAGAGUUCUCAUUGUCAUGAACGCUCCCAUCACCAGAGCAUUGGGGUGCCUUUUACAUACACGCGAUCACAGAGAUACAUUUACUGAAAGUCACAGGCACAUACCCUGCGAUCCCCAGUAAUGACCAAAGCAAACUCCCCGAGGUAGCAGAUUAAACUGAUGUAGAAGGAAACAUUUUAUAUAAAGUAUAAUUAACGUGUGGAAUGUGCUGUUGUAGGCUAUUAAGACAAAAGAGCAUAGUAGGAUUCAAACAAGGAUUAGGCAUUGAUAUGAUAUUGUCAGUUACACUAAGGAGGGUAAAAGUUGUAAGUAAUAUCAACCUCCCAUGCUUCAAAACAUAAGCCAACCACUAACUUUUUCCACAGGCACAUUGCUGCAUAAUUUUCUAUGUUGAGGUUUUUCACCUUCUCUUGAAGCAUUGGUAUUGGUCAGUUGUAGACAGGAUAUGGGACUAAAUGUUAUGACUGUUCUUAUGUUACUGUUAUUAAAGGGGGAAAAUAUUAGCCCAUUGCAGCCAUGUACUUUUGCUUCAAGUUUCAGCACCUCUAUUUCUUUCAGAAACCUGUGUAAGGGCAAAUGAAUUUUGAAUCUCAAAUCCUUCUUCUUUAUUGCUCUGCUUCUGGAUCUCUUCUUUGUCUGACCACAGGAGUUUCCUAAUACGUGUAACUGUAAAUUACCUUCUCUUUUAGAUUAACUGCACGACGUAUGCAGCGAGUAGUGAUCAAAGGUUGGAAUAUUAUUUGAAAUGCCCUGAUGCUACAUUUAGAUCUGAUUGUUUGUAAUAUGCUUUAUUAACUGUGGUAUAUAGCCAGUCUCUGUGGCACACAUUUAAUGAAGGAGAAACGUGACCACAUUGAUGGGAAACUAUUUCACUCUGUAUGCAUGUGCUUCUAUGUUCAGUUCACGUUCAUGUUUUGAUUCUCAAACUGCUUGGAAGACAACAGUAUCUGAAGGAUUUAUCAGGAAACUGCUUACAGGCUAACCAGUCCCACAAAUUACUUAUAGUAGAUGAUUUCCUAUGUUAUGGCAGGUCUGUGUAAAAGGUACUUGUUACUUUGUGUUUCGUUGUGCGGGAGGUCUGACCAGGGUAAGGCAAGAGGCAAAAAAGAUCCCAUCUUUGAUAGUUGAUGUUGAUUAUCCAGGAUUUUAAUUAACCACCGGGCUGCCUUAGCAUAGGUCCUGCCCAUAUCCGUCACUGUGGAGCUCACUUAGAACUGUCCAGAUGCGCUUUGGACUGUUAUUUGUUUUUGACUGGUGUGGAGGUGUGCAUAUUUGAAUAUUUUAGUAUUAAAAAAACCUUGUCUCUAAAAGCUGUGUAGUGUAGACACGCCCUUAAUGUGUCAUUAAAUGCUGUUUCACACCAGGAAAAAUUGCUUGCUAAAUACACCAUUCAAAAGAAGAGGGUGUGUCCACACGACUGAAAAACUCCAUUCAGGGUGAGAGCGGACCCAAGCCUUUUCACCUUACCAGACAAGGUGCUCUGUCUUGCUGAGCUACAUUGCUCUUUGGGAAUAUUCUAUAAUUAGCCUGUGGCAUUUCUUUACAAGGACUGUCGAUGUGGAAACCCAGGCUAGGCCAUCCAUACAGACCAUCAGCAAGGGGAUCCAGAAUCAACCAUGGUACAACUCACCCUCCUCACCCCGCAAAUUCUCCCUGUUUCCCUAAUUACAGAAAUAGGCGUGUUAUUACCACCUAAGGGCUCAGGAAGAGUUUUUUCCACCACUAAAACUUCACCUUGUAUUAAACUAUAGAGAUAAUACCCCUGAAGCCAGGUUCUGCUCUCAGUUAUACCAGUGUAAAUCAGGAGUAACUCUGCUGAAGUCAAUAGAGCUGCAGUGGUGUAGGAGAGAAGAAAAUCAGACCCUUCUCUCGUAUGGUAUGUUGCAAUAAUAUUUUGCAUCCAGAUCUUUCCUGGUGUGACACGUUGGCAUAGGAGAACAUUCCACUAAAGAACAACCCACUCCCUCCACAAAUGAGUGUCAUUAAUUAUGACCCUCACAGUGCUCCAUGAGACAGAGAAAUCAGUAUUUUAUCCCAAAUAAAAUAAGGAAACAGACACAAAAGUUCAGUAACUUUCCCAAGAUCACAUGGUCAGUCAGUAGCAGAGCCAGGAUUAGACAUGAGGCAUUCCUGAUUCUCUGUCCUAUGCUCAGUCUUAAAGCCCAAGCUGCUUCUCUGCUAGAAACAUACGUUACUGGCUGUUUUUGGUUAGCAGAAGCUUUGAUAGUCUUGAGUAAGCACCACUGAAUAUACAUUUACCCCCUAGGUUAUAAGAGACCUUUGCCUGGUAUAAAUAUGUACAUGCCAAGCCGCUGGCAAAUAGCGGUCCUGCCAAAAUCAGCUCUAACGACACCAGACCUUCACAAGCCAGUGCAAAGCUGGCUGAAUCGGUACAAUUCUGCCCAGGAGCAAUGGCAGGUAUAACCUCUAUAAUAAAGUGGUUAUUUAAUAUGAUAAUGAUACACAACAGUUUAGCCAUAGCUGCUAUUGCCACAAUGAUUUGGCUAAUUAACGGAAUACACUGAUGUCCUUUAUAAUACUGUGAAGAGAGACCAGUGCAAAUCUUGCUUGGAAUGAGUGUAAUCUGUGAUUGAUGUGGACUUGUAC